UCAGAAACAGGAUAUCUUUUAGAGAUCUUUUUGGCAACAUAUUGUUUACUGGAUAUAUAUAUAUACAUAUAUACUCAGGGAGUAUAUAUGUAUAUAUUUUUAUUUAUUUAAAAAUCGCAAUUCACUAAUCACGGAAUUAACAUGGCUACCGUAUUUCUAGAAAAUCAUGGGACUUCGUAAGGGUGGCUGGCGGGCUUAUUUGAAAAGACUAAAAAAGGAGUAUUACUUUUGGGGGGAAUUCGACCUCUCAGUUUUUGACCGAGCACCACUACCUGAUUCGCCGGAUAUCUUAUACGACGAUCCAUCUUCACCAGGCCUAUUUACGCUUUCCUUUCUAAAAAAGUCAACGAAGCCUCCCUCUCCCCCCAGCAACCUACGAAACCGCAUCCAUUACGUCACUCCGAAUAGAGUGCCGACCCUUCCAGUGCCAGGCGCGUCCAUCCCGAACAUCAAACCCUCUUACUUCAGCAUCAGGGUGCAGAGUAAUAGCGAACGAGCCUCUCCGCGGAACUAUACAUUUGCUAUUUCCUCCCCGAGGAUAUUCAAUAGCUCAUGCACCUCCCCUAGAAGAAAAAAACUGGAAAAAUUGUGUAGUAAAAUUAGGAAAUAAGAUCACAAAUAAAAUGUAUAUUAAAUAAUCUAUUAUUGCCAUUAAUUACGUCCUCUCGCGCCUGCUCACCCCAAGAUCAGGACGCAACAGGUACUAUACCACGUUCCAAAAUUACUAACAUGGCGAAUUGGUUACCCAUGGUAGGAGUAUAACGUCGUUCCAAAACUCGUAGUUAGUUAACCAUGAAGGUAACUUUCUUACCUCAUAAAAUUGAGAGGUUGGUGUGAUUACCACAGCAAAACGCGUGGGAAAAGUACGAAACAUAACCUAAUUUAACCUAACUGUGUAAUCUAAAUUUAAUUUAUUUAAAUUGAGAAAUACUUUAUAUAACAUUAAAACAUGGACGAUUUUUCUCUGAUAAAAGGACGACAUUGUUUACUUCUAAACAGUAAGCAAAAAAUUAAAAGAACUAAGGACGGUGGAAUAUUUGUUAUGAAUAAAAUUAGUGGAUUAGUGUAUGAUCUGCCUUUGUUACCUGAGGUUGCGUCAUUUUUUGAUAUUGCUGUAACAGAGAAUACAUCUGAAACAACUGAAGUGAAUAGCUCAGAUUCAAAUUGUAAUGAAAAAAAUGAUAAAAACUUAACAAGUUGUUCAAAUGUACACAAAAAUUCUAAUUCUAAUCAGACUGAUGAAAGUUGCUCAAAUUUAAGUGGAAAUAUGUUGAGAAAAGCAACUAUAUAUAACAUUAAUUUUAGUAUCUAUUAGGUUGUCCCAAAAAUUCUUUUUUUCUUUAUUAAAAAAAGUUUUUAUCUGAAACAAAAAUUUCAUAAACAACACGAUUCAAGUAUAUUAAGGUAUAGAUAAAAAGAAACAUAAUCUAAUAAAGAAUAAAAAGAAACAUAAUCUAAUAAAGAAACAUAAUCUAAUAAAGAAUAAAUCUAAUAUCUAUUUAAUUUAUUUUGAAAAUUCAGUUAGACAAUCUUAUUUCUGUACUUAACCGUUUGUCAUUGAAGUUGAACAUAUUAAAGAUUUUAAACCAUUGAAUUUUGAUUGAUUUUGCUAUUAUGUUAAUAUACUUAUAGGUUAUAAGUCUAUAAAACUUAAUUAUUUUUAUAUAUCUUAACUUAAUUGUCAACUUUUUGAUAUAAUUUCAUGAUUUCAUUUAUUUUACUUUACAGUUACGUGGAAUGAUAAAGCUGUCAAAUUACUAUUUAGUGUAUACCCUGCUAAAAACGACCAAUUAAAACCAAUUAGUACCGCAUUUAAAUUCGUAAAUUUCACUCGUUAUCAAUGCGGAUUUAGUUGGUUAAAUCGGACGCCCGAUUGAACUUCAAUCGGUUUCAAUAUCAAGUGAAUUGGGAUUGGAUUCUAUAUGGUACUUCCGGAUUAAUUUUAAUCGGGUGUUAUUGGAUUAAAUUGUUGAGUUGAUCCUGAAUUGCAUUGAAUAUGGUCUUUCCGAAUUGACUUCAACUGGGCGCUAUUGGUUUUGACUGGACAAGUAUUUUCAACAUUUUGAAUUGGACUGAAUGUGAUAUUUCCGAAUUUAGUUCAAUCGGGCGCUAUGGGUUUUGAUUUUUAGAUUAUAUGCACAGUCUUGACUUGGAUUGAAUCUGGUAUUUCCGAAUUGAUUUCAACUGGGCGCUAUUGGUUUUGACUAAACAAGUAUUUUCAGCCUUCUGAAUUGGACUGAAUGUGAUAUUUCCGAAUUUAGUUCAAUCGGCCACUAUCGGUUUUAUUUUUUAAAUUAUAUGCACAAUCUUGACUUGGAUUGAGUAUGACAUUUCCGAAUUGACUUCAAUCGAGUGAUAUUGGUUUGGAUUGUACACAUAAUUCCAAAAUUUUGAAUUGGAUUGAAUGGGGUAUUUCCGAAUGUAGUUUAACCGGACACUAUCGGUUUUGUUUGUUAAAUUGUGCUUAAAUUUUAAUUGGAUUAAAUACGGUAUUUUCGAAAUAACUUCAAUCAGACGCUGUCGGUUUUAAUUGUUAGAAAUAUUUUUACUAUUUUUACAAUUUUGAAUUGGAUUGAAUGUGGUUUUUACAAUUUAAUUUUAAUCUAACGCUAUUUGUUUCAAUUGUACAAUUCUACCUCCAUUAAAAUUGUAUUUUUAUGUUACCUUUAUUUAGAUGCUGUUAGUAGUUUAAUAAACUUUAUGUUUCUUUAAAAUUAUAAUUUAAAUAAAAUUAUUGAAUUACU